AUGUUCUUCAAUGACAGUUUCGAAGAUUUUCACCUCGACAUCGUCGGUUUCCUCGCCAUUUUGGGCGAGGGUUCCGUGUCGGUGAAUUACCAAGUCUCGACGUUAUCGGCCUUCACCUUUCUCCCACGCCUCUUGCCUGCACCCCAGGCGUUUAUGAGACCGUCGCGACCACUCCGUCUAGAUGAUGUUCCAGGUACCGUGCUGGGCAUUCGCUCCGGUAAUUGCCGGCCUCACGUCUGCCGCAUCCCGCAUAUCAUCCUACCCGGGGAUGAAUCGAUGAAGAGCGACUCCGAUUACACGGUCCGCCAUUAUCGAAUCACGAUCAAAGACGGAGGGAACCCGUCAGAUGCACUGAUCUCGGCUCGAGCCUUCAGCCUGCUCUCCGUACUCGCCGUCAUCGGCUGUGCCAUGUCCAUCGCGCUGCUGGGCCUCUCGAUCCAUUUCAAUGACGGAUGGGCGCUGGUAGCGACCGUCCUCCUCUCGUGCCUCUCAUCCCUUCUCGGUAUCAUGUGUAAAUGGUCCCUGAAGCUCGGAAAACGUGUAACGGGCCGAGACGAUAUCCCGUCCGGCGAUGUGAUCAUCUGCUACCCGAACGGUGCUUUCAUAAUUGUGGAGUGUGAGGAAGCAGUCGCCCGAUCGCUCUUCUUCGCACCCGAACGAUGCAACUAUCUCCUCUCGGGAACGUGGUAUCGCUCCCUCGCCCUCCUCGGAACAAUGAUGCUUAUGUUUGGAGUUAUUGCGCUCGGGAACUCGGGAGCACGCAUGCAAGUCACCUUCGGUGCGUCGUAUCUGUUGCUCAAUGCUGCGUACUGGAUGGUUGCGGCAUUGCCUGAGAAAUUACACUGGGACUACUCGGCGCUUCACCUUGAGGAGGUCGCACCUGUUUUUCCGGCGCCGGGGGAGGACCGGAGCUUCCGAAAGGCGCUAUGGGCUGCGAUUAAGUCGACUAAGUCGACUAGGUGGGUGAAGACUGGACGUAUCGCACCUGAUACGGAAGCUUGGCAUUAUUGGUUGGAUCAAGCUGAAUCCGCUGUUACCCGGCUGGAUGGGUUGGAUCCGGAGACCUGGGAUUAUUCGGCGCGCUUGGACGAAUGUCUCGGCACUCUCGGACUGUUUACUGAUAGUCCGAGGAAGCUACUGCUGAGGAACGGCCUUGACUAUGAUUUAGUAUAUGGUGCCUGA